UAAUGCCUAGGGCAGUGAGGAAACUGUUUGCUAAGGAAGAGGGGAAUUUGUAUCCCUGCAGACGGGGGAAUUCCUAGGGCCACAGGCAUGCCUAAAACAAGAGGUCUUCUUUUCACGAAGACGGCGCUGAAAAGGAAGAAGGAAGCCCGUGCCCCUCCCAAAACCAAAGCCAAAGCAAAGGCUUUGAAAGCCAAGAAGGCAGUACUGAAAGGCAUCCACAGCCACAAGAAAAAGAAGAUCCGCACUUCACCUACAUUCCAGCGGCCCAAGACUCUGCGUCUCAGAAAACAGCCCAAAUACCCUUGGAAAAGUGCCCCCAGGAGAAACAAGCUUGACCACUAUGCCAUCAUCAAGUUGCCCCUGACCACUGUGUCAGCCAUGAAGAAGAGAGAAGACAACACACUUGUGUUCAUUGUGGAUGUCAAGGCUAACAAGCACCAGAUCAAACAGGCUGUGAAGAAGCUCUAUGACACUGACAUGGCAAAGGUCAACACCCUGAUCAGGCCUGAUGGAGAGAAGAAGGCAUAUGUUCUACUGGCUCCUGACUAUGAUGCUUUGGAUGUUGCCAACAAAACUGGGAUCAUCUAAACUGAGUCCAGCUGGCAAAUUCUA